CGGUGCAAGUGGAAAGCCAAUAAGUCAUGGUGAACUGCAAAAACACGAAAUGUGUCAAGGGCGUCAAGCAACAAAGGGAAAGGUAUCAGGACCAAGCGUCGGUGCACAUGACAAGGGAUCGGGUUCGCCUCUGGGAUCAGGACCAAGCAGCGGUGUACAUUGCAGGGGAUCGGGUUCGCCUCUGGGAUUAGGACCAAGCGGCGGUGCACAUGGCAGGGGAUCGAGAGGCGAUGCAAGUGGCCAGGAUUUGGGAGGAAGCGGCGGUGCAAGCGUCAAGGGCGUAAGUCAUGGAGAACUGCCGAAAUGUGUCGAAGAUGUCCUUUCGGAUGACCAAGUUUGGGCGACCACUGUGUUGGCGAGCGAGAGUGUUACUGCGCUAGUGGAUAAUACUGGUGCACUUGCAGAAUUAGGGGUGCCAUCGUUGGAUAUGCCAGCUGAGAAAGAUAAGCAUGAAGUCUCUCUGGACAUGAAGAAUGAAAGCGCGACUGCAGGUGCAAAGGAAACUGUCAAUGUGCAGGCCAUCGAAGAGGAUGAAGGACAUAUAGUACUAAGUACACGGGAGCAACAUACGCUUGUACAACCUGAACUUAUGGUUGCAAAAUCAGAAGCACAACAGUCUGCUAACCUCGUGAUAUCUAUCGACGAAUCUCCUUUUACACCAUCGCAUGGUGCGAUAGAAGGUCGUGUUGAAGACAAAGCGUUAGUGAGCCACCGAGUUCAUGACCCUUCGUUCCAUAUUCAUUUCGCAACAAAACGCCUCACCGUAGAAAAAAAUGAGUAUCUUGACAUGAUUACAGACAACAGCGAAGACAAUGAAGCAUACGACAUUGUCGAGUACAAGGGGAGCUGGAAGGUGGGAAAGGAAGACAUCAUGGUCGUCGUCAAGGAUGGGAAAUGGCUAAAUGACGAAGUCGUCAAUUUAAUGCGACGAGGAGGAGGAGGAGGACGAGAGGAAGAGGAGGAGGAGGAGGAGGAGGAGGAGGAGGAGACGAACGAGGAGGAGGAGGCGGAGGAGAGGAAACGGAGGAGGACGCGAGGAGGAGGAGGAGGAAGGAGGAUCGCCGAGGAGGAGGAGGAGGAAGGAGGAUCGCCGAGAAGGAGGAGGAAGGAGGAGGAGGCGAAGGAGGAGGAGGAGACGAAGGAGGAGGAAACAAAGGAGGAGGCGAGGACAAGGAGGAGGAGGAAGAAGGAAGGAGGAAGGAGGAGGAUCGUCGAGGAGGAUGAAGGAUCGCCGAGGAGGAGGGAGGAGGAGGCCGAGCAGAGGGAGCGACUUUGGAUAAUGUGAGGAGGAAAGGACCGAGGAGGAGGAGGAGGAAGAGUAGGAGGAGCGAAGGAGAGGAGGAACGAGGAGGAUCGCCGAGGAGGAGGAAGAAGGAUCGACGAGGAGGAAGGAGGAGGAAGAGGAGGAGGAGGAGGCGAGGAGGAGGAGGAGGACAAGAGAAGGAGGAUCGCCGAGGAGGAGGAGAAGGAGGAGGAAAAAGAAAGCGGAAGGAGGAGGAAGGAGGAGGAAGGAGGAGGAUCGACGAGGUGGAGGCGGAGGAGGGAGAGGAGGAGAGAAGGAGCAUCGCCGAGGAGGAUAAGGAGGAGGAGAGAAGGAGGAGGAGGAGGAGAGAAGGAGGAAGGAGGAGGACCGCCAAGGAGGAAGGGGGAUCACCGAGGAGGAGGAGGAGGAGGAGGAGAGAAGGAGGAAGGAGGAGGAGGCCGAGCAGAGGGGAGCGACUUAAGAUACCAAGGAGGAGAAGGCGGCGGCGGAGGAGGAGGAGGAGGAGGAGGAGGAGGAGGAGGAGGAGGAGGAGAGAGGGAGAGGGAGAGGAGGAAGGAGGAGGAUCGUCGAGGAGGAGAAGAAGGAUCAGCGACGAGGAAGGAGGAGGAGGCGGCGGAGGAGAAGGAAGAGGAGGAGGAGGAGGCGAGGAGGAGGAGGAGGACAAGAGAAGGAGGAUCGCCGAGGAGGAGGAGAAGGAGGAGGAGAAAGAAAGAGGAAGGAGGAGGAAGGAGGAGGAUGGAGGAGGAUCGACGAGGUGGAGGCGGAGGAGGGAGAGGAGGAGAGAAGGAGCAUCGCCGAGGAGGAGGAGGAGGAGGAGACAAGGAGGAAGGAGGAGGACCACCGAGGAGGAGGAAGGGGGAUCACCGAGGAGGAGGAGGAGGAGGAGAGAAGGAGGAAGGAGGAGGAGACCGAGCAGAGGGGAGAUCUGUGAUGGAGGAGGAUCGAUCGAUUGGCGGGAAUUUUUUUUUUUUUAAUCCGGGCGGAAAAGGCGGAGGAGGAGGAGGAGGAGGAGGAGGAGGAGGAGAUAGGGAGAGGAGGAAGGAGAAGGAUCGUCGAGGAGGAGAAGAAGGAUCGGCGACAAGGAAGGAGGAGGAGGCGGCGGAGGAGGACGAAGAGGAGGAGGAGGAGGCGAGGAGGCGGAGGAGGACAAGAGAAGGAGGAUCGCCGAGGAGGAGGAGAAGGAGGAGGAGAAGGAGGAGGAGAAAGAAAGAGGAAGGAGGAGGAAGGAGGAUGAUGGAGGAGGAUGAACGAGGUGGAGGCGGAGGAGGGAGAGGAGGAGAGAAGGAGCAUCACCGAGGAGGAGGAGGAGGAGCAGACAAGGAGGAAGGAGGAGGACCGCCGAGAAGGAGGAAGGGGGAUCGCCGAGGAGGAGGAGGAGGAGGAGAGAAGGAGGAAGGAGGAGGAGACCGAGCAGAGGGGAGCUCUGUGUUUGGAUACUGAGGAGGAAAGGGUCGAGGAGGAGGAGGAGGAAGGAGGAGGAUCGCUGAGGAGAAGGAAGAAGGAUCGGUGAGGAGGAAGGAGGAGGAGGCGGCGGCGGAGGAGGAAGAGGAUGAGGAGGAGGCGAGGAGGAGGAGGAGGAGGAGGAGGAGGAGGAGGAAGGAGCAUCACCGAGGAGGAGGAGGAGGACAAGAGAAGGAGGAUCACCGAGGAGGAGGAGAAGGAGGAGGAGAAAGAAGGAGGAAGGAGGAGGAUGGACGAGGUGGAGGCGGAGGAGGGAAUGGAGGAGAGAAGGAGCAUCGCCGAGGAGGAGGAGGAGGAGGAGAGAAGGAGGAAGGAGGAGGACACCGAGGAGGACGAAGGGAGAUCGCCGAGGAGGAGGAGGAGGAGGAGAGAAGGAGCAAGGAGGAGGAGGCCGAGCAGAGGGGAGCGACUUUGGACACUGUGUUGGUUGGACUGCGAGAAGGAGGAAAGGGCCGAGGAGGAGGAGGAGGAGGAGGAGGAGGAGGAGGAGGAGAGAAGGAGGAGGAGGCGAUUGGAGGAGGAAGAGGAAAGAGGGUCGGCGAGGAGGACGAGGAGGAGGAGGAGGAGGAGGUGGAGGAGGAACAUGACGAGGAGGAAGGAUGACGAGGAGGCGGAGAAGGAGGAGGAAGGAUGACGAUGAGGAAGGAGGAGGAGGCGAAGGGGGAGGAGAACGAGGACGGAUGAUGAGGAGGAGUCUGUUUUGCAACCGGCUGCCCCUCCUCAUCCUCCUUCUCGUUCUGUUUCUCGUUUUUCUACAUUGAUCGGCUAGUCAAAGAACAAAAACAAAAGUACACCAAUCAAUCAAUCAAGCAAGCAAGC